AUGCGAUUCUUGGACACUCUUCGUGAAAUUUCUGGGUACGCCACUGCUCACAAUCAUGAAACUUUGCCUUUUUCUGAUUCAACUUGGUCAAUGGGGAAGCUAUGGAUGAAAAUCUUCCAACAAAUCUCCUUUACAUUUGCUACCACUGAGGAAGCAACUGCUCUUCUAAAAUGGAAAGCAACUUUCCAAAACCAGAACAAUACCUUAUUGGCUUCGUGGACGCUAAGUGGACCUGCUGGUACCAACAGAAUUGGAGCGGCGAGUUCUAAUGAGUGUAAGGACUGGUAUGGAGUUACAUGUUCUAAUGGUAGGGUAAACAUGUUGAAUAUGACAAAUGCUAGUAUCAUUGGCACACUGUAUGAUUUUCCAUUUUCUUCACUCCCUUUUCUUGAUUAUCUUGAUCUUAGCAUGAACCAACUCUCUGGCACUAUCCCACCUGAAAUAGGAAAGCUCACUAAUCUUUUCUAUCUUGACUUGUCCAUCAAUCAGAUUUCAGGCACAAUUCCACCACAAAUCGGCACAUUAACAAAGCUUGGGACCCUCCACAUCUUUGUCAACCAAUUAAAUGGUUCCAUUCCGGAGGAAAUAGGUCACCUAAGGUCUCUUACUGAGCUAGAUUUGAGUUCUAACAUUCUUAAUGGUUCUAUUCCUGUUUCUUUGGGGAAUUUGAACAACUUGUCUGUUUUGAGUCUGUAUGAGAACCAUCUUUCUGGUUCCAUUCCAGCAGAAAUAGGAAAACUUGUCAAUCUCGUUCAACUUUUUCUUGAUUCAAACAAUUUAUCUGGUCAUAUUCCUCCAGAAAUCGGAAAACUUGUCAAUCUCGUUCAAGUUUGUCUUGAUUCAAACCAAUUAACUGGCCAUAUUCCUUCCGAAAUAGGGAAGAUGAAGUCACUUGAGGAGUUAACCAUAAACACAAACAAUUUUUCUGGUCCAAUUCCCAAAACUAUAGGAGAAUUAACUGAGCUCCAACUCUUGUACCUUCAUACCAACCAACUUUCUGGUCCCAUUCCUAGUGAAUUGGGGAAUCUGAAAAAACUGAAUGAUCUGCAGUUAUCCACUAAUCAACUUUCUGGUCCGAUUCCCAAUUCUUUUGGCAAUUUGAGAAACUUGACAAUUUUGUUUCUCCGUCACAACAAACUUUCUGGUUCUAUUCCAAAAGAACUUGCAUAUUUGGACAACUUGGUUGUGAUGGAAAUGGAUGAAAAUCAGUUUUCAGGCCAUUUGCCUGAGAAUCUUUGCCAAGGUGGGAAACUUGUGAACUUCACGGUGAAUAGUAACAAGCUGACAGGGCCAAUACCAAGAAGCUUGAGCAACUGCUCAAGUUUCAAAAGGGUUCGCUUUGAUAACAACAGUUUUACUGGGAAUUUAUCUGAAGCUUUUGGUAUCUAUCCGGAGCUGCAGUUCAUUAAUUUGAGCGAAAAUGAUUUUCAUGGCGAACUAAGCAGCAACUGGGGGAAAUGCAAGAAUUUGACUGAUCUUCGGAUAGCCAGAAAUAGAAUUGGUGGUCGCAUACCACCAGAGAUUGGAAACCUCAAAGGGCUUCAAGGACUAGAUCUUUCAUCCAAUCAUUUGGUUGGCAAGAUUCCUAGGGAAUUUGGAAAAUUGACCUCUCUGGUUAAUCUUCUUUUGCAAAACAACCAAAUUUCUGGCAAUAUUCCUAUGGAACUUGGGUCAUUGACAAAGUUAAAUUACCUUGAUCUAUCAGACAAUAGAUUGAAUGGUUCGAUCCCAACGUUUAUAGGAGAUUACCAGAACCUGUUUCACUUGAACCUGAGUUAUAACAAGUUUGGCCAGAAAAUUCCGAAGGAGAUAGGGGGUGUAACUCAACUUAAUGUACUUGAUUUGAGCCAUAAUCUUCUGGUUGGAGAAAUACCUCAGUUAACCAAUUUGAAGGUCUUGGAA